AUGUCUAUUAACUUUUCAGCACCAUAUUUAGUAACCGAGAUGGAGGAGAAAGUGGUGACUUCGCUUCCCUCCGGUGAUACCGCGAGUGGAAGCGGCGAGUCCACCGCCUCACCACCAAUUGUUAUUUCAGCUGCCGUACCGUACACGGAGGAGGAAAAAAAAUUACUGACAGAACAACUACGCCGACACCAGCGGCAACAGUCGCAAGGUGAUGACGAUAGUUCAUGGAAUGAGACGACGUUACCUUUUAUAUCUUCCAUGGUGGAGAAGGUGUUGCAGCUAGCCGCGCAAAAUCGUGAAUCAGAUAGCACGAAAGAUAGUGGUAGUGGUGAUGAGAAUAAGCCGCAAGAAAAGGCAAAUGCAACUGACGACGUCGCCGGUGCAGAUGCUGUUUCCAAAGUGGAUACGUUUGUUGAGGAUAACGACUAUGUUUUGGAACAACUACGGCUGCAACCAUGGCCUUUCUUCACGCUCCCGCGUUUGUGUGAGAUCCUUGCCGAUCCAUACAAGUACAACAGCAUUGGUGACAAACUACGUGGUGAGAAGCUCCAGUCAGCCAUUCGUCGUUGUGUCUUGGUGUCGGCCCCACUGAACUGUGAUGUAAGGAACAAUUCUUCAUAG